AUGUUCAAAUACGUGGCUGUCGUUUUUGCUCUGGUCGCCUGCGUUGCCGGCAAGCCAGGAGUGCUCCUCCCGGCUCCACUGUCCGCUGUGCCCGCCCCACUGCUUGCUGCGCCUGCUCCCGUUGUAACCGCCACCAGCAGCCAGGUGGUGGCCAGGAACUUCAAUGGCAUUGCUGCGGCUCCCGUGAUUGCCCCUCUGCCGGUUGCAGCUCCAGUUCCGAUUGCCACACGCCUCAUCUCGCCCAUUGGGGCUCCUCUGAUUGCCAAGUAUGCUGCCACUGCGCCAUUGCCCUUCACAACACCCUUGGGCUAUGCCGCAGCCCCUCAACCAAUUUUUUUUUAA